AGUUCUUAAAUAUGUUUAUGUAUUAACCAAAUUUUAUAUUAAAUUUUCUACAAGAUUGUUACGUGAUUUACACGUAAAAUGGCUGUGUAUAAAUCCAAUCAAAGCAAUGAAACACCAAUAUGUGAUACAAUGGAGAGGUUGGGUAAAUUCCAAAGGAUACAAUACGUGUUUUCGUUUGUGGCAACUCUAUUGGUAACAAUAACUCAUAUUAAUUACGUGUUCGUUGCUGGUGAAUUGAACUACAGAUGUCGUGUACCAGAAUGUGACGAAUUAAACAAAGAGUACAGUCCAAUAUGGUGGCCAAAUAAUACAAUUGACAAAUGUUUGAAACCAAUACUCAGAACCGAUGUUGGCCCAACUUGCAACAAUGACAGUUUUACGGAUGAUUACGAAGAUUGUAAGGAAUGGAUUUACGAGUCUAAUGAGACGGUUAUAGCAGAUUUGAAUCUAGGCUGCCAGCCAUGGAAAGUGAACAUGAUUGGUACCACUCACAGUAUUGGCUUGCUGUUAGCAAUGAUCGUCUCUGGAUGGUUGAUGGAUAGGUUUGGUCGCAAGCCGAUGUUUAUAUUCUGUCUGGUUGGAAGUUGUAUUGGACACCUAAAAGCCUUUACAAAAAAUUAUUAUAUUUACGUGCUGAUAGAGUUGAUAGAAGCGGUCAUCACCGGAGGCGCCUACACUGCAGUCUCCGUUUUAAUGAUGGAAAUUGGUGGAAAGAAAACCAGACUAUUAGCUGGCGUCAUAUUUGCGUUCGGGAUAUACAUGGGGGAGUCUGUGUUCGCGGCCAUGGCAUUCUUCGUCCCAUACUGGAAGAGUCUGCUUAAAGUCAUCUACACACCGCCCAUCUUUAUCCUGUCUUACGUGUACUUUUUAAAGGAGAGCCCCAGAUGGCAAAUUGUAAACGGGAAAACUGAUCUUGCUAAAGAAACACUUCUUCUGAUAUCAGAAACUAAUAAUGUUAACAUUAACAAGGAUGAAUUAUUAAGUAUGAGUGGGGAAGAUCUAAAAAAAGAGUUUAAAAUAGAGAACUGUCAGCAAAAAGAGACAUUUAGAGAUGCGAUGAAAUCGAAAGAGAUUGUAAAACGACUUGUGAUUGGAUCGUAUGCUAGAUUUGCCGCUUGCUUCGUUUACUACGGCCUACUGAUAAACUCUGUGUCUCUUCCUGGUAACAAAUAUACAAAUUUCUUCUUAUCGUCAGUGAUGUCGUAUCCAGGAGACAUAAUGGCUCUGUAUUUGAUGAACAAUGUUGGUAGGAAGAUAACACUUGUCUAUGGUUAUAUUAUUUGUGGAUUGCUCUGUAUUGCUUCUGUUUGCUUUCCCGAUGAUUACACUUGGGUGAAUACAGCUUUCUUUUUGGUCAGUAAAAUGGUGGUGUCCGGUUGCUUCAUAGGGAUAGUGACAUAUACCAUUGAAUUAUACCCCACUAGUGUUAGAGGCACUCUAAUUGGAAUAUCUGCUUUAACUGCCAGCAUUGGUAACAUUCUUGCACCCUUGACGCCAAUAAUGAAAACGUUUUCUCCCAUUCUAACAUCGUUGACAUUCGGUGGUUUGUCUAUUGUUGCCGGUUUACUCCUCACAAUGACACCAGAGACUAAGGACUCUGCUCUUGUAGAUACGGUGGAGCAAGUUGACCGUGAGAUAAAUCUACAAGAAAGUACUAAGAAAGAGAAAAUGAAAGGGCAAAUAAAUGAAUCUUACGUCAGUAAUGAAGAAGUGUAAA